AUACUUCUGAAAAUAGCGAAGAAAGGGAUCGAUGCGGAUAACAUUGUGAAAAACGAGGGGCUGAUCCACACAAUGGAUUUUGUUGAUCUCCUUAACACAAUGUCACAGUUGACCUACGAAUCUUUCAAGAGGCUAUUUGAUGAACUGGUUCUUGGUACCAGCUAUGACCUUGAAACAGCCCGCAACAUCUUCUUGGAGGUUUUGCCGCACGGUCGCAGUGAUGCUUGUGCACGAUUCAUAAAGUACUUGGUUAUUGAACAGAAGGAGAAAGUAGAAGACGCGACCCUUCUUUCUCUUUUGAGAAAGUUGCCUUACAAUGUCGCCGAUUACAGUCAGAAUCUUCUAGAAGAAUUGGAAGUAUUCGCCAAGUUAGGACCAGACUUCCCAAAGCAGAUUCGACACGCUGGUAUCUUGUCCUUUGCGACUCUUACAUCGAAGACCAUGGAUGCUUCCUUGGUCAAGCAGGAUUACUUUGACAAUAUAGUUGUCAAGUACUUCAGAAUGUACAGUGAUUGUCCUCAAUACUUGGACCGCAUGGUUUGGCUCCAAGGCAUGUGCACACUUGGCUAUACAGCUGAUUCCUACAUAAGGACUAUAUACAGUGACUUCUCCAGGAACCGACAUGAGAGGUUAUGGGCGUCGUUAGCUUGCGGUCCUGAAACCGCCAAAGGGUAUAUGGUCCUAGAAACAACAUUACCUAUUCUCACAAACGACAAGGAACAUAUUCAACUCAGGGUUGCAGCUCUCCACGCACUUCUUAGCACCGAAAUCAGCGCCAGUGACUUUCUUUUCAUUCACAACUACAUCAAAAACUGCAAUAGCGACCAGUUGAAGAGGUUCUGGUAUUUAACUGUGAAGACCUUAGAGACGAAUAAAUACUUCCAUGGUUACAAAGCUGUAUCAUUCUACGUCCCGUUCAUUAGCAACCAAGUUACGAAUCCGGGGUCAAAAUAUUGGGCGACAAAUAACGUGGUGUUCACUGUUGGUGAUGACGAAGACACCGCAUCUGUGCAGUUCUUCAGCGUGGGGGAAGCAUAUGGACCUAUGCCAGCUAUGGGAGGGAUCAAAUUAUCUACUGGAGGAAGGAGACCGUACCAGCCUGCGGUGUAUUUCAUAGGAGAAGGACUUUCUUGGGUUUUGCUUAAGAAAUUGCUUCAAUCAAGAAACGUCAGUGAAGGAGCUCUUGUUUCUAUGUUAGAGAAGCUAAACGCAUGGAAGCUGAGGACACCAGAACCGGUUCAUAUAGACAUUGUCAUGAAAAUCGGUGAUAAAACUGUCGUCGCGACACAUAUUAAUCAAUCUGAACUCGCACAGAACUACGAUGACAUAUUUAAGUUGAUCGACGACUUCCUAAAGUUUGGCAGCCACAUAAACCAGCAAAUGGUCUACUACCCUUUUCAAAUGGACUGGAACAUAGCUAGUGAGUUAGGAACUCCCGUCAGGUUGCAAAGAACAAUCGUUGGGUUUUCAUCAGUGAGAGGAAACUUGACAGCUCAUCCAGAUCCUAAGCGCCUUACUUGGGAAAACGAUCUACAGUUAUCGUACCAAGGAACUGCUGUGACAUCAUUAUCAACGGAUGGGCCUAUCCUUCUAUCGGAACACAUCACAAGAAUCCAGCAGUCUAUUGUGGCACUUCUCCCAAUGAAGUUUAACGUCUCCUACCCGUUUUCCGAAAAGAAAAUAGAAUUGACACUAUUGUUCCCGUUCACACAGCGUGCCGGUUUGGCUCUACACUCACGUGUGUUGGUGAAUAUGGUCACGAUUGACAGAAAUUACGAGAAUGUUGUUAUAACCGGUAGAGAUACAUGCGAGAGAGACGAACCCGAAACAAUUACCGACGAUCGACCUAUAUCCGGGGCGGAAACAACUGACAAAUUGAUGACACAUGUUUUUGACUUACUCACUCCAUUGAAGUCUUUGCACAUCGCUUUGGACAACAUCCUUCUCUUCAAUUUCCCUCCAUCUGGUACCUGCGGUGCCACAAUCUUCGUUUCGAGCCUCAAGAACUACGGCGAAGGGAAAGUCAAAAUGGAGCUUGGAGUCAGUCGAUGGAACUUCUUAAGAGAAGAAGAUAAGAUCGACGUGGACUUCAAUUAUGCAAUAAGUUUUUACAUUUUAAAUAAAAACCACGAGGAUCCAGUUAUUAAAAUUUACUCGGAAACAAGCAUCAACAGUCAGGACGGCAACUUGACGGCGGAACUCGCUGUCAGGGGAAAACUUCCCGACACGUUCCACAAUAUAAGUGACAGAUAUAUAAGACUUUGCUACCUACAAGAAGUGUCAACGCAGACAUCAGUCGACCAAGAUUUGUAUUCCUUUCCAUCAGCGUAUCAAGGCCAAAUAAUUCUUCUUUUGGACUUCUCCAAGGAGUACCGCACUUGCUACGAGAGAGCAGAGAAUAAGCUCAAAAUACGAUAUAAGGGCUCACCGAAGAACGUAUACGGAGCCUUGGAAAGAAACGUUGAGUUCCAAAUAGAGGGAAAACAAGGAAUUGAUCUCGUGCGCCACGUGUUACCAAAGCGGGUUCUGGAUACGGCAAAAGAUCUAUUUUCGGGAACGUACGAUAGGGACUCUGUGAAUGCUGUUGCUGAAAUGAAGGAGAAAAAUGGUUUGAUACAUGUGAAAGCGAAAAAUGGAAGCGAAGUGAAAUUCAAAUCUGAGAACUUGGGAUGGAUGCUGGACAGCUUCACGACGAUGCAAAUCAUGACGAAGUAUGGUCUAUACCGAGAAUGUCGUGUCCAGGAGUCAACGGUGGAAACACUAUUCGGCACAACCGAACCACUGCCGCCACUCCAGCAAACUGACGCCAUAGCCUUGGCUGAUUGUUCUGAGUUUUCCAGCUUUGCCGUAUUACGUCAACAAAAUGGUGGCGUGAAAGUCCACGCUGGAGAAAACAGCAUCGUCGUUAGAGGUGGCUCGGCGGACAUAUCAACAGAUGUUCCAUACUUUAGAAUACGAACAAUUGGAGAUGGAGUCAAGAUAUCGUCAUUGUUGACUGGUGUGACAGUUUACGUGAGGUACAACGAGACUGUGAUCUUAGUGCCGCAUUCUUAUAUGGACACCUUGUGCGGAGAAUGCGUGGGAAGAGACAAAACCUAUUUAGAUCUAGAUUAUUCUUGA